UUUGUUUAUCUACACGUUUGUUGGAUCGAGUGCUAUGUUCGUGCUUUAAACUAGCGAUUACAGAGUUUACGUGUAGUGAAGCUACUGUGAACAUGGUUUAUAAAUGUUGUGUGCCAAGGUGUCGUGGGAAUUACAGAACUGGACCGAAAGUAAUGUUGUUUUCCUUUCCGAUAGAUGCGAAUCUGCGUUGGAAAUGGCUUUCAGCAAUUCAUCGGGACAAUUUCCAACCCACUGAGCACACGAAGGUUUGUGAACUUCACUUCACCGAAUCUGACAUCUGCCGCCAUACAGAAUGUUAUGAUGAAGUGAAAGGCAUAAAGCUUUCUGUCAAGCUUUCAAGACCGAGGCUUAGAGAGGGUGCUGUCCCAUCAGUGUUACCAGGCUGCCCAAGCUAUUUGUCUACUCCAUCCACCAGCUCUCGAGAAAGUGCAGAGGAAAGGAGAGCUAGAUUGGACAAUGAACAUCUUCUACAAGCAAUUAAAGACAGUAUAGUAACCAAAACAGAGUAUGAUUCGAGGAAGUUAUUUUCUACUUUUGAAGCAUUUCUGCAGUGCCUAGAAAGAGAAACCAUUCCCAGUGAAUGGACCAUUGUUAGGAGAAGUGACUGUGUCCUAUUUCUAUUGCUUACUGUAUUGCCUGCUCCAUCUGUGUCUGUAUCUGUAGUAGUGACAAAUGAUUUGCAGUUGUCUGCCUAUCGAAGUAACACUGAGAUAAGAAAGAUAGGCAGUAGAAAAAUAUCACACAAACUUUCAAAUAUGAAUGAUUUGUUUACAGUAUUAGACACAGUGAAAGAAUUAGUCAGUGCAAAAGAAAAUUCAUUAAAAAUCCAGUGCCUUCUUAUACAGGACAUUUUAAAUGACAUGUGCAGUUCUGUAGAUGAAGAAAAACAGAAACAAAUUCAAUUCUUAAGUAUUCAGUGA